UGGCGGCCCACUGACCAGCACACAGUCCAGUGUGGACAUGAAGAACAAACAAUGCAUCGAUUCCAGCAUCAACAAUCUUAAAAGUGUUUGACAGACAGUUGCAGUGGAGUGUAGUGACUGUUUGUUUGUUCAUGUCAGGAAGGGAGUGCCCAGGGUAACUGCGUGGCAUGAAGCUGAAUAGACGGACUUUAGCCUACAAAUGUAGCCUGUGGAGCAGCCUGACCCGUCACAGCCCUUUCACAACACAUCACAGGUUCAGCACUUACUAUGAUACCCUUCAAGUCAAGCCUGAUGCAACAGUGGACGAGAUCAAGAAGGCUUUCCUUGAACAAUCAAAGAAGCUCCAUCCAGACAUCGAUCCCUCCAACCCAGACCUUCACAAGAAGUUUGUGAGACUGAACGAGGCGUACAGCGUGCUCAGCAAGAGCGACAGCCGGCGGCAAUACGACAACAGACUGAGACUGCGGCAGGCAGAGCCAUUCAGAGAGACCUCAGGAGCCCAGCGAGACCGAGGCUCUGACCUGAACUCCAGACCAGGCCAUGGUUUUGAAGAUGAACAGCAAAGGUACUGGGAACAGUUCCACCAGCCCAGUGCCAGCCAGCAGGCAGCCUUUCACAGCACACAGCGACGCAGCAGGAAUCUAAAGGUCUUCGGUUACUGUAUCUUCAUCAUGUUGGCUGGAGUCUUUGUCCAUUAUAUUGGCUUCAGGAAGCUUGAAGAAGCUCACAGCGCAUUCAUGGACAAGAAGGACCGUAUCAUACAGGAGAUGUACGAGGAGGCAAAAGAACGAGCGAGGGCUAACGGCUUGAAGAAACAGCAGGAAAUCCUGCGACAGAAACACGCUGCGUUUAUGGCCAAGUAUAAUCCUCCCAAACCGGGAGGUGACGAUAAAUAAAGGCCUGAGAGACAACAACGCCGGCCAACUGGACCUGCCACUGGAUGGACUGACUGUCAGCAGUGUGGAUGUGAACAGAUACUCAGACUCACUAAACGUGUAGUGGUCAACUCCCACCUCCCUCUCCCCGCCCUCCCCUCCCCUCCCC